GGUUAUCGUAACAUCAGCAUUCCUUGUACUGGCAUGACCGAGACAACCGCUGAAAGCAACGCUACCAACCUCAAUGCAGCCUCAGCCAGUGAGAUAGAUGCUGCAGUCAAUGCUGAAGCUCUAGCAUUCAGCCUUGCAGCAUCUCUCUCUUCCUCUUCCUCACCGUCCAUCACAGGAACAGCUGGACCAUCAAAGCCCAAACCACCACGCCCAUCUAAACCCCCCACCAAAAGUGCCAAGGCAAGCUCAUCGUCGUCUUCAUUAUUAAUGUAUCUGCAAGGUGGCCCUCAAGGGUCUACUACCCCACAACCCUUGGGACCUGCAGAGGUGGAGGAGUGCUCCAUUUGUUUUGAAGCACCAGUGAACUCUGUCUUCUAUAAGUGUGGACACACGUGUUGCUGCUUUGAAUGCGCCAAUAAGAUGAGAGGAUCAUGCUGUCCAAUAUGCAGGGCAGUCAUUGCAGAUGUUAUUAGGAUGUACAAGCCAUAGUGUGCCAUCUCUUUUGGGUGGUUCAAAGUAGGGUCAUACUAUCAAGUAUGUGGAGCUGUUGCUGCUGAUUUUAUUAAGCAUAUGCAAGCCAUGGUGUGCACCACUGAGAUGACAGGGUCAUGCUGUUCGAUGUGCAGGGCAGUUAUUGCGGAUGACAUUAGGAUGUACACCUAUAGUGUGACAUGUCCCCAUCUCCAUCACUUAGAAUAGGCCUACAAGAUCAGAGGGCAUACUACCCAGUGUAUGGUGGGGUCAUUGCUGAUUUCUAGGGAUGUACAAGCCACAGUGUGCCAUCUCUUUGAUUGGUUUAAGAAGGGGGAGGUGUCAUGUUGUCUAACAUACGGAGUGGUCACUAUUGAUAUUACUGGGAUGUACAUGUAUGUAUAAUUUAAAGUGUGCAACAAAAUGUUUAUGGUUUUGAUGUCCAAUAUGCAGGGCAGUUUUUGCUGAUUAGGAUGUACAUGUACAGUAUAUGUACAAGCCGCAGUGUGCCAUCUAUUUGAAAUAGAAGGUCAUGCGAUCUAAUUGUAGCAGUCAUCAUUAUUAGGAUGCUCAAGCAAUAGUGUGUGGUGAUGAGAUGAGGGGAUCUCACUGUCUGACAUGAAAGACAGUCAUUGCUGAUGUUACUCCGUGUGGGAUGUACACACAUGUAUGAGAGAAAGUAUGCAACCUAUUUGAGUGGCUUUACAACUUGAGGAAUCCUACUGUCCAAUAGGUCAAGCAGUCUUUGCAGAUGUCAUCAGGAUACAUGUACAAGUCACAGUGUGCUAUCUACAUCUACAUGUAUGUAUUACCUGUCACUUUUGUGAACCAGCUCACGUCUCUUUGUUGGAAAGCUACAGCUGCUUCACUCACAUUUUGUGAGCAAGAUUUCCUGAGGUUUAGCUUAAGUUGCUGCUCUGUACUUUUUUUUUUUACAUGUACUUUGAAGACAGGUGGGUACUUGACAUGUAUACAUGUAUAAAGUGAAAGCUUCAGGAGUUCCCUGCUAAUUGAUGAUCCCAGUGUAACACUUGUCAUUGUUAUUUUGGGUGUCAGGUUUACCAGCUACAUGUAAGGGUUGUGUUGAUUAAUAAGAAAGCAUUUAUAGCUAUGUACAUGUCAACCCUUGAAAAAGGCGUCCAGGAACCAGGGGCAAUUUAUUUUCAAAAGUCGCCCCUGGUUCACAGGGAUUUAACCAGAACCAGGGCAAUUUUCCAAAACAGAUAACAACCAAUUACACAAGUUAAAUAAGCUCAAACAUAAUACAACAAUUUUAAUCUCAAAAUGCGGAUGUGAUCAAUUCUAAUAACUUCUUAAUCUUAACAAGAUCAACAGCAAAGAUUGUCAUUACGAUUAAGAACAUCAACUUGCACAGUAUUUUAACGUAACUAAAAAUACUGAUGAGCAAAUAAAUAAAUAAAUCGUCAAUUUCACAAAUAUCGGAAGUCAGAUGGACUUGGUAAGUCUUUCUCAAAUAGAUCAAAAUCGCACCUCGCACACAAACCUUCCGCCACACUCUCGGCAGAACAUGAUUAGUCUGUGAUGGAAAGCUAGCGGGCUGGCAGUUUCCCAGCGAGGCUACCGCACCAGCGGCAGAUCCACUACACGCAAAAUUACCAGGACUCAACAGGUUUGCGGUGGGAAGCUGGCCUGCUAGUUUUUUUCCAAAACAAUGCUAGAUCGGCUGCUGGCAAAAUGAAAGUUAUUGCGAUCGAGAACAUCGUACCUGUUAUUUACUUGUCAAUGAAAGAAUUCUGAAUUCUAUUUGGGACGAUAUAAUAAAUUAUACCAACAAACAAACCUCGAUAGAUCCCUAAUGAAUAUACAAUUGCUUGUUUGUUACUUCAUUUGACAUUUUGUUUUCUCGAUCCUUCGAGCCAUUUGGUCAUGCACGAGUCAAUGAAAUCUGUGUAUGAUUGCAUAAAUGUAUGUGCCUACCAACGGGCACAUUUUUACAUCAAAAACUUGCGCCUCGCCAUCUAGUUUUAGAUACUUACAGGCCUAAUUAGUGGCUCUACGUGCGCAAAUUUGCGCCCUGCACCUGCUUAUUUCAAGGGUUGGUACUGCUUAUUUCAAGGGUUGGUACAUGUACAUGUACAUACAUUAUGUACUGUAGCUAGCAGUUUGAGUUGCCUUGUGACAGAAUCUUGGUCACGAAAGUGUCAGACUUAUUACUGUUGUGUGUUUAUGCACAUGUGGAAUGAAAGGAACUUCAUUGAUUGCUAAGAUUUAUCACAAGAAUUAGCUCUCUAUACAUCCAAAUUAUCUAAUCCCAACAUCAUGAAGUAGUACAUGUACAUUAUAUCUUCUUCUGAAAUAAUUUUAUAGAUAUAUUGUUUGUAAUGAAAGUUUGAAUUUGAUGUUUGAAUUUGAUGGAAAUGAUACUCAUUUGUACCGAUACCUGUUACAUGUAGUAUUUUGUACAGCUUGCCCUUUUAAGAGUAUGUGUUGUAUUUUUGUUUUUAAUCAUCGGCAGUGGUUAAAAUGAACCUUGAUCGGGGCAAGUAGUGUGAAUACAGGCAAGCAGUAAACUUGAGAUAUUGAUAAUAAAUCUUAAGAGUAGAGUACAUAGUGUACAUGUGAUCCAAUAUUUUUUAUCUAAGUGAAAUUCAAGAUCCACCAUUUAUUUAUUUUGCUGCAGUAAAAACACAAUGGAUUGUCUGCUACACUGUAUUUUGCAUACUUAAUAAACUACCGGUACACAACUACCGGUACACAACUACCGGUAGGCAACUUUAAUAAUUGUACUUGUAGCUAAAUGGCGAAUUUGGAUUUUCGUACCAUGUACCAUGUAAAAUUGUAAUACAAUCUAAAAUCUAGAAUCUCAAAAUUAUUUUGAAAAUGAGAUACACUUGAAUACAUGAUUUUUGUUUCAAAAGGAAAGAACAAAAAUUAGAAUUACGGAUGAAUUUAUUUGAUUACUGGUUUAUGUUUAAAGACAGGUAUACUUCUUUAUUAGGUUAUACCUCAAUUUAUUUUUCAUAUCAUACUUUGCAGUC